AUGGAUGAUGUGACUCCAGUGACUCCAGAACCAUUCACAGAAGAUCCUAAUCUGGUGAAUGAGCCCUCUACAGAUGAAACAGUUCUGGCUGAUAUCGAGCCUUCCACAGAUGACCUGGCUUCUCCUACUGAUAAAAAUACCACAACAGAUUGCCGGGAUGAAAAAUUCGCUUGCACGAGACUCUACUCUGUGCAUCGACCAGUCAAGCAAUGCAUUCAUCAGUUAUGUUUCACAAGUUUACGACGUAUGUACAUCAUCAACAAUGAGAUCUGCUCUCGUCUUGUCUGUAAAGAACACGAAGUUAUGAAAGAUGAACUUUGCCGUCAGAUGGCUGGUUUACCCCCAAGGCGACUCCGUCGCUCCAACUACUUCCGACUUCCUCCAUGUGAAAAUGUGAAUUUGCAGAGACUCAGUGGUCUGUGAUCAUCAAGGAAGAGGAAAAGAAGAAUGUGUGGGUGGGUGGAAGAGAAUGCUCUAACAAGAGGGAACUCCUUCUUGUCCAACCAAUGUCCACUAACCCACAGACAGUAGUAUUUCUUAAAACAAUCCCUUUGCAGUGUCUAGCUUUUGCUUCCACUCCCUGAUUUUCCAUCCAGACUGAUAACAUAAAGUCUAUAUUAUUGCAUGGUUUUGCUGCUUCUCAAUAUCAUAGACAUAGAUUAAUGAUAACCAUGUGGCUUAUAUAUAAGCACUCUACAUACAAUUUCAAAGGAAAAUAAACCUUGGGUUAAUAUUUACCACCGAAUCUGUCUGAAAUAAAUCUUAGGGUGGAAGAAGUUGUUGCUGUCCAUUUUGGCUAGCCAUUUUUUUGAUUUUCAAGAGUUUCCUAGAUUAACGCCUCAUUCAUUUACAUAGCACUCUUCACUCUUAUUUUAACUAUUUUCUGGAUUUGCCUGCUCAGAUCUUCUUUGAGAAGAGUCAUGGUAAUUUUUGUAGUCCUAGACAAUUCUCCAGAACCAAGAGUUACACAAUCCUACUGGCAAUAUAUAAAGACCCAAGAUGAGGUCUGUUAAGUUUAGAGGCUGAGGAUAGAGAGAGAGGAGUAGGCUAUGUAUGGAACUGGGACUCAUUGGUUCCCUAUUCACUUUUUCAUGCAGUUGUCCAAUUGGCAAGUAGGGGUACAAAGUCCCAUUUACCUAUUUUUGGUCAUAUGGGGGUUGCCCACCCUCGCAAAUUAGAUAAUUUCAUGUGAAAUAAUUUCUGACUUUGGUCAGAGUUUCCUUGAUUUGUGCUACUUCUUUCAUUCUCAUCACUAAACAAAAUCUGUAGAGAUUACCAUGCAAAUGGACUCUGGAAUAGCCUGAUUUGGGCUUAAGAAGGGCAUUCAGACCUAAAUUUUAAUAAGCAGACCAAGUUUACCUAUUGGUUUAUAAGAAAGAGUAAAACACAAUAUUCAGACAACCUACAUCCUUAUCCUGGCUCUAGCAGUAACCAGGUAAACCAGUAAGCCAGGUUUAAUUUCCCAUCUCUAACACGACAAGGUUAAAUUUAUGUUGGUUCUAAGGUAUCUUUUCAUUCUGCGAUUCUUAAGAUUUAAAUGCAUUAUUUGAAUUUCUUGAAGUCUAGAUGCACUCUAAUUUGUAACCACCAUGUGUGCUUCAAAACAGGAGAAAUAUAUUAAGACAGCAGUCCACAACAUAAAAGAAAAAAAUCCCAUUACAAGUUACCAAUUACAUACUAUAGAUCCUUCUAUCUGAAUAACUUAGUAACUUUCCAAAAAAGCCCACAAAAGUCAACUAAGAUAAGAAAUAGGAGACUUUGAGGCAAGUUACACACUCAGAAUUCCUCUCUGCUUGGUAGGGUUGGAUUCUUUUCCUAUUGAAAAAAACUAUGUAAAUGAGCAUCAGACUCUUGCUGUUAAGAAACAAUUUAGUUUAAUUGGAUUUGCACAACUGAUUAAAGAGAAAUGCUAAGACCCAAAGCAUGUAAUCUCUGCUCUACAGCCUCUAAAAGUAAAUAUCCUCAUAUAUAGAUAGAGGUAUUAAGUAGAUAUUAUACCCACCGUAGAGAAAUCUCAUAGGCACAGAAUUUCCAAGAAUCAUUUAAGAAUCUCACCGUGAACAUGAUCCUCCUACCAUAUAUUGAAUGAGGUGGCAUUCCCACCACAAAGCACCUCAAUCCCAGUAUUGUGUAUAUUGCAAAUUAAACAUUUUAAAAUAAAUUUUUCUUAAUUCCUUUUCAGAA